AGUUGGAGAGGUCAAAUACUUUGGUGUUUGACAUAAAAUUCUCACUCGACAAUUUAGUAUGGAUUUCUGGAAUGCUGUCUGGCUAAUCAAAUUAGACGUUCUGAUAAUCGUUUGAGAAACAAUAAAGAAUAGAAAAUGAACAAAUAAAAGUUUUUAAAAUUAUUUUGUAUAGGAGCAACAUGUAAAAGCACUUUAUUUGUUGUCCUGUUUUAUGUUUAUCCAUUUAAUCCAUUAGUUAUGAACUUCCCCCUACUAAUUAAAGGAUUCUAUUUCCAUCGGUUAGUGUAUGUCUUUUUCAUAAAAAAAUAAAGAAACAGAAACAAAAAGAUGCAAUAAAUUAAAAUGAGAAAAAAGAAGAAGAAAAAAGAAGAGUAGAGAACACAUCAUCAGCUCUGUCUUUUACAACAAAUACAUCUCCUCAACGAAAUUGGAAGGCGUUGGAAAAAUGGCCGACUGGACUGAACUCCCACCCGAUCUCCUUCACCAAAUCUCAGAUUACCUUACCGUCUACUCCGACUAUCUCCGAUUUCGAGUAGUUUGUUGGAACUGGCGAUUCUCGGUCCCUAAAAUCCCUCACCGUCUUCCUCCCCAGCUUCCAUGUCUCAUAAUUCCUCUGUAUCACAACUGCCGCUGUGGUUUAUUCAACUUCUCCGACAACAAAAUCCACUUCCUCUACCUCCCGGAGAUUUCUCUCCGGAAGCGCCCGUGUGGUUCUUCCCACGGCUGGCUUACGAUUGUCGAUGAAACUCCGCCGAUUCUCCUCCUCAACCCCUUUACCAGGGCCAAGCUCUGGCUACCUCCCCUCUCCACGUUCCCUAACGUUGUAUCUUUCGAUUACUCCAGAGUUGGCCGAGAAUAUCUGAUCCGUACACCCACAGGACAUAUCUACACUCGAAAUUUGCGGCAGAUGCGCGAUUCUUUUGUCAAGAAAAUCGUUCUAUCCUCAAGUCCGUCGAACCCAAACGAUUUCUUAGCCGUGGCGAUUCUGAAUCACAGCGGCGAUUUGGCGUUUUGCCGGAGCGGUGGGGGAUCAUGGACUUUCGUAGACGACGCACCGUCUGAUUGCGAAGAUGUUAUAUACUCCGACGGAGUGUUCUACGCGGUGGAUAAGUACGGCGUCGUUUCAUUGAUGGAUCUACGUGGUUCGCGCUCUCAAGUUUCACUGGUUGCGACGGAGAGGCAAUUGGCUGGCGACAUACAAUACCUGGUGAAAUUAGGGCAGGAAUUGCUGCUGGUGAGUCGGUAUUUGGAUAUUGUCAACGACGGCAUGGAGGACGAACUGAUACCUGUAAUGUAUCGGACGGUACGAUUCGAAGUGUUUCGAAUGGAAUGGGAAGGACCACGAUGGGAGAAGGUUGAAAACUUGAACGAAAUGGCGUUGUUUGUUGGAGGAAAUUCUUCAAUGGCCUUCUCCGCUGCUGAUUUUGGUGAAAUCUCAGGAAAUUGUAUAUAUUACACUGAUGAUUAUUCGGAUAGCGAUUAUCAGGAACAAGGUGAAGAACCGGAUAUGGGGAUUUUCCGAUUGUGCGACGAAAGCUUCGAGCCGCUGCCGUAUUACUCCGGCGGCUCCCAUUCCCGCCGGCGUUUGCUUCCACCCAUAUGGGUUACUCCGAAUCCUUGUUAAUUGUAGGUGCGGCGUUUGUGGAUCGUUUCAAUUAAUUAAUUUCACGUCAUUAUUGUUGCUUUUUCUUUAUUUUCGAUUGAAUCGGUGAUGAAGAUAAACACAAGUAGACUCGUUUCAAUUGAAAUUUAUAGAUAAAUAAAAAUUGAGAUUUUCUUUGGAA